AGCAAUGGAUGGGGUGGGGAUGAUGGAGCAGCAGUGGUGAGGAGUGGGCUGUGACUAUGGGGGAAGCAGGGGGCCUGCAGUGCUCAACGGAGGGGGAUUUAGACCGUGAGCAGUCAGGAAGGGGAUGUGGUAAGAACGGUGUAGUGUGUAGUAAAUCGGAAAAGCGUCGAUGCCGGCUGCUUGCUUUUGCGGUGAAGUCUUUCCCUGCCAGUGCUCUCCAAACCCGUGGGCGAUGCAGACUGGAAACCCCUGAGCAGCGUGACUGGUGCAUAAAGCGAUCACAGGGUGUCACACACAUGCCCAUGCCCUACAGGAGCGUUGGAGCAGUUCCUUGCUUGUGACUCAAUGUUUCUAGCAUCUCGGUCCCUGUGUAGAUGUUGGUGCAGACGGCUGUUAGCUGCGGCUCUGGGGCUGUGACACUCGGACGGCCUGGGAAAGCGGGGAAGGGAGCUGAGAUACAGCAGCCCCUUGACCGCCAUAGAGAGCCAGGCAGCGAAGGGGAACCGGCUCGCUGGAGCGUCCCUGGCUGGAGAGAGGCUGCGGCUUGCACAGGUGAUGGCCGAAGCUGCAGGCUCAGGAAACGUGCUGCGUGGACAGUCGCAGUGAGCGUUGUACUUGUCAUUCUGAUGGUUGCUGUUGUGGCUCUGGCAGUGCUGGUACUUAAAGCACAGCCCCAAUUCAUGGCCUGGUGCCCGGACGGCUGGAUCGGAUACCAAGGGAAAUGCUACUAUUUCUCCGAGGCUGAAGAGAACUGGAACAACAGCCAGAGAUACUGCUCUGCGCUCGGCGCUUCCCUGGCUCUGAUUGACAGCGAGCAGGACCUGGCUCUCAUGAUGCGAUACAAAGGCGUCUCCGAGCACUGGAUUGGCCUCUGGAGAGAGCAGGAGGGGCAGCGCUGGAAAUGGGUGAAUGGCUCUGAUCUCAACAGCUCGCUCCUGAUAAGAGGAGGAGGUGACUGCGCGUACCUGAACGACAAGACCGUCAGCUCUUCCAGGUGCAUCACCGAGAGAAAUUGGGUCUGCAGCAAACCUGAUGCGUUUACAAGCCAGAAAAACGCAAUACAGAGCAGUCAGGAGCUGAAAAACCUCACAACGGGCUAUUAGAGAAACUCUAUCUCGCACAACCGGUCUACAGCCGAGCUUAUAAACAAGGAUUAAAAAAUAAAAUAGCAAAAUUUCCAGUGGACCCUGAAUUAUUAGGUUAAUCAAACUGAAAAACAGGAGGAACUUCAGCAGGAUCUAGCCACGUGAGGGGAACGGGCCACCCACUGGCAAAUGAAAUAGUGUGACAAAUACAGAUAGGGUCCAGCGGAGGAACAAUUGAGGAUUACUCAUCCAUCUUCCUAGCUUCUAAAAUAACUACAACAGCUCAGGAGAAGGAGCAGGGGUGAACUGCUGACCCCAUUGAAAUUUAUGCGCAUUUUCCCAUUCAAUUCAAGGAGGCCAGCAUCUCACCCAGGGGUGUCACUGGAGAUGGCCCAGCGCAGACCUCGGCUGAGCGUGCAGCAGCUGACAACAAAGCCAACAAGAUGUUGGGGUACAUAAGGAACGCACUAGGUGAGAAUACAGAAAAUUCUCUGAUGUCAUUGUAUGAAUCAAAGGGACACCCUGGUGGGGAACACUGUGUGCAAUACGGGUCACCCAUCUCCAAAAGGACGCUGCAGAGCUAGAGGAGGUUCAGAGACUGGUGACAAGAAUGAUGGGAGGCCACGUGGGACUUUUGUGUGCCGAGAUUGGGGCUGUUCUUGUCAGAGAAUAAGGGGACGUGAACAAGGGGAAAAAAACAAAGACUGGGCCGGGGAAGGUAGAUUGGGGUGCUGCUAUUCAGUCCAUCUCUUGAUACAAGAACUGGGAUGCUUAACAAAAUUGAAAAAUCAGCAAAUUUGAAACUGAUCGAAGGACCUAUGUUUUCCCACAACGCACAAUUAGCCUGCGGAACUCACUGCUGCAAGAUGUCAUUGAAGCCAAGAGCUUGGGAGGAUUUGUUUUUAAAAGGACUGGUUCAUUAACUACUGUUCUUCAUACAAGAGAGGAAAUGAACAGGAGUUUGGGAAGGGAGCCAAACCUUCUUUCUUCAGGGCAUGAACCACCAUCUAAGUAAUGAAGAUCAGGAGCAAACUUCUCCAUUUGGCCGGUUAUUCCAUCACUGUCCACUAGGAUUUCUCUUGACCUGUCUUCUGAAGCCGCUGGUGCGGGCCACGAAUGCACUACAGCUCUGAAUUAGUCUUGCACUUACUAUGUUAAUUGCCUCGACCCCGUGACCUUGCCCUUUAAUAACCGAUGGUUUUUUUCCUGAGCCAAAGACUAGUCGUGCUGCUUUUAGAUAUGAAUUCAGCGUUAGUUUUGCUUCCUGGGGCAGGACCCCUGGGCUGUGUGGAUUUUUGUCGAGCAGUGCAGCUGGAUAGCAGCAGAUCUUCCGGAUGUCCUGAACCAAGCUUCCAGCCCUGGGGCUCCUUUUCAAUAGAGCAUUUUCCCUGCUGGAGCUGCCCAGUGCUUGGGAAGGAGCAUUUAAGAGAGUGCUCCUAAGCUCCAUGGUGGAUUAUGCAAGAUGGAAUUGCUUCGUUUGAUCUCAUUUAACUUAUUUAUUAUUAGGGUGACAGUUCUGAAUAGCUGAUAGACGGUUUGGAAAACAGGAUUGGUUUCACUGAAUCUCCUGACUCCAAAUUUAUUAGGGGAAAAAUAUUUUGAAAUUUUCAAAACAAAAUGUUUUGACACAUUCAAACCAGAAUGUUUUGGGGCUUUAGAGCCGGAACGACGUUUUCUUUUGACGUUUUUAGGAAUUUUAACUGUGGGGAAAAAAAGUUACAAUGGAAACAUUUUGAAAUUAUCGAAACCAGCGGUUUCAAUGGACCCAGAAUGAAUUUUUGGUUUGGUUUAUUGACUCUUGACAAGUUUCUAGAGUUUACUCUUCAUCUUGAUUUGGGAUGGGAUAAAAUGUUGAAAUCUCCCAAAUUCUCAUGCAUGGGAAAGGAGUUUCCCACCUAGCUCCACUCCAAAGCCACACAGAUGCUUUUGAAAAUCACAUCCUCUGGGCCCACUUGUGUAGAACGAGGCAUCUCCAAGCUCUGCCUAUACACCAGCUCAGCUGAGUCUCCAGUGUUGGCAACUCCUGCAGUUUAUGGCACUCUAUUUGUUGCUUUUUGGCAAAGCCUGGUUCUUGGAAUGAGCUAAUCUGAGAACCUCAGCUUUCUGCUGUUAUUUUUUUAAGCAAGUUUUUAGCCCACAGCAUCAUGGCGAAAAGCUUAAAAUUGUGACUCGAGUUCUCCCUAAAGACUCACAAACCAGAAGGCAACGAAAAAGAACCCAAAAUUUUUAAAGCAAAUUUCAUUUUUCAUUAUUUUUGUACAUCUGGAGUUGGCAGUAGUGGGUCUCGGGCUGUCAGAGACUUGUAGAUUCCAAGACCAGAAGGGAUCUCUGUGAGAAUCUCAGAUGACCUGUGUAACACAAGCCGUACGACUGCCCUGAAUUAAUUCCUGUUCGAACUAGAGCAAAUCUUCUAGAAAAACAUCCAAUCUUGAUUUUAAAAAUUGUCAGUGAUGGUGAAUCCAUUGCAAUUCUGGGUAAAUUGGUCCAACGGUUAAUUAUCCUCACUGGUAAAAAUUUGCAUGUUCUUUCUAGUCUGAAUUAGUCUAACUGUUACUUCUUUACACAUUGCCUUCAUUGUACUAUGUGUUUGUUUGAUUCUGAAGUGUAAGAAAUGGAUAACUGGGUUACUACUAUGCAAAUGUUAUUUACUGUUCAUAGCCUUUAUCCACGUGUCUUUACCUCACUAUAUAUUCAUGUGGGUGUUCAUAGAAUCAUAGAAUAUCAGGGUUGGAAGGGACCUCAGGAGGUCAUCUAGUCCAACCCCCUGCUCAAAGCAGGACCAAUCCCCAAUUAAACAUCCCAGCCAGGGCUUUGUCACGCCUGACCUUAAAAACUUCUAAGGAAGGAGAUUCCACCACCUCCCUAGGUAACGCAUUCCAGUGUUUCACCACCCUCCCAGUGAAAAAGUUUUUCCUAAUAUCCAACCUAAACCUCCCCCACUGCUACUGUAUUGCCUUUCGUUACCUCCUUGACACAAAAUAAAAUUAAAUCCUGUUUGUAACUGCGUGGCAUCCACCUCUCACCUCACCUUCUAGCCGGAAGGGUCUGCAGUCUUUCAGUUUGUGAUAAGCCCUGUCGGUGAUUUCUCAGGCGUUUUUCAGUGACUCAGCCCCCUGGCCGAGUCUCACACACCGUCCGGCGUAUGCAGCCCACCAGAGGCCUAUACCACUACCCCUCUGUUGGUAUGGCUGUAGCCCUCCCUGGGAUACGCUGAAAGGGUUAAACUUCAGCCAUCCACUGACUUGCAUGGUCAUGUUUCCCGGCUGCUGGGUCUGAGGAGAGCAAGGUCUCACUGAGUAUAAACUGGCUUGGGUUAGAGCCACUCUCAGAGCGGGUUAGAGCAGUUCCCAGAGCAAGCCACGAUUAUGAAAACUUGACAUUGGUUAGACAGCUGAGAUCCCAGCCAGUCAUGCUGACCACGAUUGUCCCAUUGUUUCUUUGUACUCCCCCUGUCUCUGUCUGUCUGAUAGAUUCCAAGGUCAGAAGGAGCCACUGUGACCAUCCACUCUGACCCCCUGUAUAACAUCGGCCACACAACAUCCCUGCAUUAAUUCCUGUUGGAGCCAGAGCAGAUCUGUUAGAAAACAUCCACCUGAUGUCUCUUGUCUUAGAUUGUGGGGCAGGGACUGUCUUUUUGUUCUGUGUUUGUCCAGCGCCUAGCACAAUGGUGUCCUGCUCCAGGAGGGGGGCUCCUAAGCACUGUGGUAAUACAAAUAGCUACUAAUCAUUAUAAUAAUAAAAUCUCCCAGCCCGCUGCCACUCCUGAAGCUCUAGCGCCACCCUGUGCCCAUUUCAUGUCACUGGGUCUAAAUUACAGCCUGUUUCUUGAGAGAGACAAAGUGGGCGGGGUCUAUGAGGGUAUGUCAACAGGGCAACUAGACACUGCGGCUAGCCCGGGCCAGCCGACUCGGGCUUGCGGGGCUCUUCCAUUGCUGUGCAGACGCCUGGGCUUGGGCUGGAGUCUGGGUUCUAGGACCGUCCGUGGUGGGAGGGUCCCAGAGCUUGGGCUCUGGCUGGAGCCCAGAUGUCUACACAGCAAUGAAACAGGCCCCAGCCCGAGUCGGCUGCUUUUUCUUUGCUGUGUAGACAUACUCAUAAUGGACCCAUUUUGGUUGGUGAAAGAGUCAAGUUCUCGGGGCCAGACCUGACCCAGACCUGAAUAAGAGCUCUGUGGAUCCUGAAAGCUUGUCUCUCUCACCAGCAGAAGUUGGUCCAAUAAAAAUAAAAAUUCCUCGACCUUGUCUCUCAUAUCCUGGGACCAACACGGCUAUAACUCUGCAAACAGCAUAUAUCUGAUCUCUUUCCCCUCCCUUUUAUGCCAGGUUCCGCCCUGUGCCUACACAGAAUGCAACACACGGAGCUGAGGUCCUCUUAAUAUACACAGGUUUCAGAGUAACAGCCGUGUUAGUCUGUAUUCACAAAAAGAAAAGGGGUAUUUGUGGCACCUUAGAGACUAACCAAUUUAUUUGAGCAUGAGCUUUCGUGAGCUACAGCUCACUUCAUCGGAUGCAUACACAAUUAUCAUAUAAACCACCACGUCCCUUGACUGCCCUGUGGUACUAAAUCAUUGGGCUGUCUCUCCAGGGCACGUUUCUCCUCGAGUUUAGAUCCAGACAAACCUGUUUCAUCAUUCCUUUU